AUGGCCGUAACCGAACUCGCACUCCUCCGCCUUAAGACUCAAGACCCCUCACCGUCUACGAAAAGCACUCUCCUACAAGCCCAGAAGUUACAAUCAGAGUACUCAGGUUAUCAGGUAACCUAUCUACACCAAAUCGAAGAUCCGGCCUCAUUUUACCUACUGGGUGGCUGGGAGUCUAUCGAGAAACAUACAGGCGGGGGACAGUGGACUUCAUCCGAGGCGAACCAGAAACUGCUUGCGCAGUUGAAGGACAGUCUUGAUGUGAGCUGGGUAAUUCAUUUGGGUGUUGAUCCAUCUGCAUCCCAAAUCCCACUGGAUGCGCCUGUUCUCGUUGUAGGUAGGCUCUUUGUCGAGAAAAGCAGGAAAGACAUGUUUGAAGCUGCUUUCCAGGCUGUAGAGUCUGAUUUGGGGGCACAGACGGCGCCGUUCUCGUACUGCGGUGGUUGGCGCAUUGAUCAAGAGGGGGAGGAUGAAGAGUUUGUUCUCUUCACUGGGUGGAAAUCGGUUAAGGACCAUAAGGCUUUUGCGGAGUCUGAGGCUUCAAAGGGGCUACUGAAGUUGACGGAGCUGGUGAAGGAUGCAGAGGCUUGCCAUGCACAUGUUGAAAAGUGGGAGUAG